UUCAUUCUCAACUCAUAGGCUGUUAAUACAAUAAUAAUUUUUUAACUAAUUACAACUAAAUUUAAUUAACAUAUUUAUCCACAUAAUAUAUUUCGUAACAAUAAAUUUUAAAGUUAUAAUAGCUUGAUAACAACUUGUUGGUCAAUUAAAGAUUAACCGUCAUUGAAUAACCCACAAAAACUUUACAAACCUCCAUCUGUAGAUGUGAACAAGUAAACAUCGUCUAAUUCCUAAUGUCCAUCAUUUCCAGAACUAGAUUGCUACAGAAUUUAUUAUCAACAGCAAAGAGUCGGAGGUCAUUCACUACUGGAUUAGCUGUUUGUACUAAAAUGAAUAAAUUUGAUUUACCGGAAAGAUAUGUUGGGAAUGAUAAAAGUGUAUGGGUUGAAUAUAUUCAAUUGGCUUUAGAACAUAAACCCCUAAAUUUAGGACAAGGUUUUGCAGACUUUGCUCCUCCUGACUACAUCACUAAAGCAUUAGCUGAUAUUUCUCAGGGACCUAAUGUGCUCUUACAUCAAUAUACACGAGGAUUUGGACAUCCACGUUUAAUCACAGCACUUUCAAAAUUAUAUUCGAAACUAAUUGGAAGAGAAAUAAAUCCACAAACUGAAAUUUUAGUUACAUCUGGUGCUUAUGAAGCCUUAUAUGCUUGCAUAAAUGGACAUAUUGAAACAGGAGAUGAAGUUAUUAUCAUGGAUCCAUAUUUUGAUUGUUAUGAUCCAAUGGUUAGAACAGCUGGUGGGAUCCCAAAAUCAAUUCCUUUACGACUAAAAAAAACUUCUGGACCAAUUAGUUCAGCUGAUUGGGUUUUAGAUCCACAAGAAUUAGAAGCUUUAUUUAAUAAAAAAACCAAAAUGAUUAUAUUAAACACCCCACACAAUCCUUUAGGGAAAGUAUUUUCUUUAGAAGAAUUAACUAUAAUUGCUGAUCUUUGUAAAAAAUGGAAUGUUUUGUGUAUUUCUGAUGAAGUAUAUGAAUGGUUGGUUUUUGAACCAAAUAAACAUGUUAGAAUAGCUACUUUACCUGAUAUGUGGGAAAGAACUAUUACAAUUGGAUCUGCUGGUAAAACAUUUAGUGUGACCGGAUGGAAAACUGGUUGGGCUUAUGGCCCAGCAAAUCUGAUGAGAAAUGCUCAAGUUGUGCAUCAAAAUUGCGUUUAUACAUGUACUACUCCUAUCCAAGAAGCGAUUGCAAUUGGAUUUGAAAUUGAAAUCCCAAAAUUAGGUCAAGAUGAUUGUUAUUUCGUUUCUUUACCUAGAAUGUUAAAGGCGAAAAGAGAUUAUAUGGCGAAAUUUUUAAGUGAUGUUGGUAUGAUUCCAACUGUUCCUGAAGGAGGAUUCUUUAUGAUUGCUGAUUGGAGUCCAUUAGAAUCAAAAAUUGAUUUAAGUCAAGAAACUGAUCAAUAUAAAGAUUAUCGUUUUACCAAAUGGAUGACUAAAAAUAUUGGCCUUCAAGGAAUACCACCAUCAGCGUUUUAUAGUAAUGAAUAUAAGCAUCUUGGGGAGAAUUUGGUCAGAUAUUGCUUUAUCAAGACGGAUGAAAACUUGAAGAAAGCUGCUGAUAUAUUGCUUACUUGGAAGAAUAAGUAAUUAUGAAUAAUUAAAACGAACUUUAGCACAAAUAAAGAUAUUUUAUUACAA